GGGGGCCCGUCCCGGGUGGGUAUUUAAAGCCGCGGCGGCGGCCCCCAGCCCCUGCCCCCCGCCAUGCUGCGAGCGCUGCUGCUGCUGGGGGGCCUGGCCCCCGCCUUGCCCGCUGGUCCCCACUGGGCGUAUGAGGGCCCCCACGGACAGCAGCACUGGCCCGAGGGGCACCCGGCGUGCGGAGGCCGGGCGCAGUCGCCCAUCGCCAUCGCGUCGGGCCGGGCGGUGCCGGACCCUUCGCUGCCUCCCCUUCGCCCCCUGGGCUACGAGCAGCCCCCCGGCCUCAGCCUCGCCAACAACGGCCACACGGCCGUGCUGGCGCUGCCGCCCUCGCUGCGGCUCCAGGGGCUGCCCCGGAGCUUCGCUGCUGCUCAGCUGCACUUCCACUGGGGCCGGCCCGGCAGCGCGGGGGCUGAGCAUCUGCUGGAUGGGCACCGAGCCCCCGCCGAGAUGCACGUGGUGCACUACGACGCCGAGCUCUACGGCAACGCCAGCCAGGCCCAGCACCACGCCGGGGGCUUGGCCGUGCUCGGGGUCUUCCUGGAGGUGGGUGCUGCCCCCCAUCCUGCCUACGACAACAUCCUGAGGCACCUCGGCCGCAUCCGCUACGCAGGGCAGACGACGGCCAUCCCUUCCUUCAGCAUCCAGGACCUGCUGCCGCCACGCCUGGACCUGUUCUACCGCUACAACGGGUCCCUCACCACCCCCCCCUGCUCCCAGGGCGUCCUCUGGACCCUCUUCCAGCAGCCCGUGCGCAUCAGCCUGGGCCAGCUGGAGCAGCUCCAGGGAGCCCUUUACGCCACGGAGGAGGCCGAGGCCGAGCCCCAGCGCCUGGUCGACAACUUUCGGGUGCCCCAGGAGCUCAACCAGCGGCUGGUGCUGGUGUCUGUGCCCAGGGGGGCUGAGGGGUAUUCGACAGGGGCGACUGUCGGCAUCGCCUUCGGCGCCGUGGCCGCUUGUCUCGGCCUCUUCCUCGCCGGGCACUUUGUGGCCAAGAAGAUGAGAGCCAGGAGGGCGCAGGAGCACGACGUCGUGUUCAAGGCCUCGUCCCGCCGCGGCCCCUCCAGCCCCCGCCCUUGA